AUGUUGAAGAAAACGCAAGGCUCGGCCGACGUGGACGCGUCGCGCAUUCUUGUGAAGGGGCCCGAAUUUUUGAGGAAACAGAUGGAGCGAGAAAGUGAGGCGAAUAAAGGACGCGUCAGUGCGGUGGAGAGGCUGGCAGCCACUAAACCUCAAUAUGUAAAAAGCCAACAAGUGGUCGGUUCCAUCGGGUCUGCCUCCGUGAGCAGCCGAGGGUCUUCAAACGGGCACGGUUCCGUUAAUAACGCCGCUCGUGCUGAUGUUGAGGCUAUACAGUCGCCUGAAGAAGAUAGUAAUGUGGUGAGACGGAGCAGCUCGAAGAAACGAGACUCGAUUUUAUUAUACAGACAGAAGUGUGAACUCUUGAGAGGAUCGCCUGGCGGGAGUAGGCGAUUAAUUAAAAAGUCGUUAUUCGCUAUUAAAGACAAGACCACCGCGUUUUCUGAGGCGCGCGGUGGUGAAUGCGCCACACGCAGGGACUGCGGGAAAGAGGCCACUCGGGUAAAUGUACCCAUCUCAAACGGCCACUCGGGUGAGACAAACGAUUUGCCGAGAGGACCUCCUCACAGGAUAGUCGCAGAAACCCAGGAGCAGGAGCGCAAGAGCCGGAGGGGGGUGGCGCGCUCCAGCUCUGACAUCAGUUCGCGCUACUCGAAAAACUUCGCGGACUUCGACGCGUUCUUCAAAUACUGCGGCCUCGAGGGUGAAGUCAUCGAGUCCCUGGGCAGAGAAAAGUUCUCCGCGCGCUCGGACAACCUCAGCUCCAAAAUCCUGAGCAUCAGCGUCUCGACGUCAGACGACGGGUUCUCCAGGAGCAGCGACGGCCUGCACGAGGAGGAGUUGCAGGAGACCGCGCGUCAAGGGUCAUCAGUUGUCGAGCGCAACGCUCGGAUCAUCAAGUGGCUCUACAGUUGCAGAAAUGCCGCGGAGUCUGGAAAGACGCUUCGAGAUCUGGAUUAA